AUGCUAGGGAGCGAGUCGGCGAAGGACGAUAAAAAAAAACCCGUGAAGGCUGCGAAGCCCGGGAGCUCUAAGCCGGAGAGCUCAGCGCCCGCCGCCACGUCGGUUGUCUCUCGACCGAAGAAGGAAGAGCCACUGUUUCCCAGAGGCGGCGCCAGCAUUUUGACUCCGCUCGAGUACAAGCAGAUUCAAAUCCAGGCCAGGAACGACGUCCUUUUCGAGCAGGAAGCCGGCGAAGCUGGCAAGAAAACUAGCAAGGCUACGACUAAGCAAAAAAAGAAAAAGUCCAAGGGUGAUGAGGCAUCGACAAAACCCGCGCGAGACGAAGAUGCCGUGAAAAUUGAGGGCCUCAACUUCAAGAGGUUGGUCAAAGGCUCCCUUGUCCUCGGCACCAUCUGCGCCAUCAACCAGCUGGACGUUGCGGUUGCGCUGCCAAACAACCUCAUUGGCCAUGUCUCUAUAACUGCCAUUUCCGACUGUCUCACCAGUCGGCUGCACGCAGACGCUGCUGCGGACGACGACGACGCAGAAGAGAAUGAGGACGACGUCGACCUCAAGUCUCACUUCCGGAUUGGCCAGUUUGUCCGGGCCUACGUCGUAUCGACAGUUGACGGGUCUUCGACGGCCCCUGGGAAGCUUAAACGCCGUAUCGAGCUCUCUCUGCAGCCGGCACUCGCCAACUCGGGAACGUCAGAGCAAGAUGUUGUCGAGGGCUCCACGCUCAUGGCGUCUGUUGUGAGCGUUGAGGACCACGGCUUCGUUAUGGACAUCGAUGUAGCCGACUCAACUCUGCGCGGGUUUCUGCCACGAAAGCAGCUGGAUGAGAGUGUUCCAGACGAAAACAUGCAGCCAGGCUCGGUCCUGUUUUGUAUCGUAACGGGCAAGAGUGCGAACGGCAAGGUCGCGCAACUGUCCACCCUGGCCGGGAAGCUGGGCAACGCCAGCAACCCACCCACGGCAGCCACUAAUAUCGACUCGUUCCUUCCCGGAACUGCAGCCGACAUCUUAAUUACCGAUAUAAGUCAGCACGGACUUGUUGGAAAACUCAUGGGCUCUCUGGAUGUGACCGCGGAUCUGAUUCACUCAGGGGCCGGGCCUAACGGCGUCGACCUCGAAGAGAAGUACAAGGUAGGCUCGCGGCUGAAAGCGAGGGUUAUCUGCACGUUCCCAGCUGCCAAGAGGCCCAAACUUGGCAUUUCCGUCUUGCCACACAUCCUGUCACUCAAGCCCAAGACGGGCACCAAGGACGGCCAACAGGCCCUGCCGCUACAGCUUCUCCCAUACUCUGCUUUGGUGGAAGCUUGCACGGUGCGGAGGGUUGAACCUGAGAUUGGCCUCUAUGUUGACGUUGGCGUCGAUGGCAUCUCCGGAUUUGUACACAUCUCGCACGUCAAGGACGGCAAGGUCGAUUCUUUAUUCGAAAACAGCGGCCCUUACAAACUGGACUCGGUCCACCCCGGCAGAGUCAUUGGCUACGACUCAUUCGAUGGCAUGUUUCUUCUUUCGUUCGAGAAGCACAUCCUGGACCAGCCCUUUCUCCGCAUUGAAGACAUUCUCAUAGGCGCCGUGGUUCCCGGUGUCGUGGAGAAACUUGUCAUCAACGAAGACGGCCUUGGCGGUCUUAUUGUCAAUAUUGCGGAUGGCAUCUCCGGGCUGGUUCCCGAGAUGCAUCUUGCCGAUGUCCAUCUGCAGCACCCCGAGAAGAAGUUUAGAGAAGGCAUGAAGGUGAAGGUCAGGGUACUGUCUACCAACCCGGCUAGGCGCCAAGUCCGCCUAACGCUGAAGAAGACGCUGGUCAACUCCGACGCGCCUCCCAUCCAGUCCUACGACGAGUUGUCGAUCGGCCUGCAAGCUCCCGGAACAAUCGUCGAUGUGCUGCAGCAUGGCGCCAUCGUCCAGUUUUAUGGCAGGUUGCGUGGCUUUCUCCCUGUGUCUGAGAUGAGCGAGGCCUACAUCCAGGACCCGAAGGAGCACUUCCGCGUUGGCCAGUCGGUCAGCGUGUUCGUCAUCAGUUUCGACCCCGACGCAAGCAGGCUUAUUGUUUCUUGCAAGGAUCCUUCUGCAUUCGGGCUCGAAAAGCAGCUCGCCCUGAAGAAACUUGAGAUAGGCGACCUCGUCUCAGCCAAAGUCACCCAGAAGACCGAGGACGACAUCUUUGUUGAGCUAGCGGACAGUUCGCUCAAGGCAAUCCUACCAGUUGGUUAUCUUACGGAUAAGUCCGUAAGCAAGACACAGUCGGCGCUGAAGAAGAUUCACGUCGGUCAGACAUUACCGGAGCUGGUUGUCCUCGAAAAGAACGAAAGCCGGCGGUCCAUCACUCUCUCACAGAAGCCCAGUCUAGUUAAAGCCAGCAAAGAAGGCAAGUUGUUGUCUACGGUCGAAGGUGCGCGCCUAGGUGACACGGUGCCUGGCUUCAUUCGGCACAUCACUCCUACGGCUGCCUUUGUGCAAUUUGCAGGAAAGCAGACUGCUCUUCUCCCGCGGUCAAUGAUGCCCCGAGACAUGCAGACUAAACUCGACUUUGGGCUACACAAGCUGCAAUCCCUGCUCGUCAAGAUUGCGUCAAUUGACAAGGAACUUGGCCGAUUGGUUGUCUCCGUGCCUUCAACUGACGAAGAGGAGGUCAAAACGCCUGCCAAGGCCAGUGAAAUGGCCGUAAACUCGUUGGACGCCUCGAUCGCUUCAGUAGAGGACGUCUCAAUUGGCAUACUAACUAAAGCCAGAGUGGUGUCCGUCAAAGACACGCAGCUCAACGUUGAGCUGGCCGACAACAUCCAGGGGAGAAUUGACAUUUCGCAGGUCUUCGACAACUGGGAUGAGAUUUUGCAUCCUACGAAGCCUCUAGGCCAGUUCCGGCCAAAACAGAUUGUACGUGUCCGUGUUCUGGGCGUCCACGACGCUCGCAACCACCGCUUUCUUCCCAUCAGCCAUCGAUCUAGUCACUCGGUCCUCGAACUCUCUACACGGCCAAGCGACCUCAAGGACGGCGCGGCUCCCGAGCCGCUGUCCUUGGAAAAGAUUCAGGUCGAGUCUACUUAUUUGGGCUUUGUCAAUAAUGUUGCUAGCAAUCACCUCUGGGUCAACCUAACCCCCAAUGUGCGCGGGCGAAUCAAUGUUAUGGAGGCUUCGGAUGAUCUGUCACAACUAAAAGAUCUCGCAGAAAGCUUCCCCGUUGGCUCCGCCCUUCGCGUGCGUGUGCUGGCUGUAGACCCCUCGAACAGGCGACUCGAUCUUUCAGCCCGGACUCCCGGGGCUGCGUAUGAUCUGACGUGGGAUAAAAUCGAGAAGGAUAUGGUGCUGCCCGGCAGGGUCACCAAGGUCAACGACCGGCAGCUCAUUGUCAAGCUCAGCGAGUCAGUCGCCGGGCCUGUGCACAUGGUCGACAUUGCCGACGACUACGACGAGGCCAAUCCGCUGGCACACUCCAAAAACGAAAUCGUGCGAGUUGCCGUUGUCGAGGUAGACAAAAGCAACAAGAAGGUCAGACUCUCAAUGCGGCCUUCCCGUGUCCUAAACUCGGCAUUGCCCGUGAAGGACCAGGAGAUCACGAAAGUCGAAACGCUGAAGGCAGGCGACAUCGUUCGGGCAUUUGUGAAAAACGUUUCUGACAAGGGGCUUUUUGUCCUUCUCGGUGGCGACGUGACUGCGCUGGUGCAGAUCAAGAACCUCGCCGACUCGUACCUCAAGGAAUGGAAGGAACACUUCCAGGUCGACCAAGUGGUGAAGGGCCGGGUAGUCUCGGUGGCUGACGGGCGCAUCGAAAUGAGCCUCAAACCAUCUGUGGUGGAUAAGGACUAUGUUCCUCUGCUCACCAUCUCCGACCUAAAGGAAGGCCAGGUCAUCACUGGCAAGGUCCGCAAGGCAGAAGAAUUUGGCGCCUUUAUUGAAAUCGACGGUUCAGCCAACCUUUCCGGGCUGUGCCAUCGGAGUGAGAUGGCGGAGAAGCUAGUCAAGGACGCGAGAACGCUCUAUAACGCGGGAGACCGCGUGAAGGCUAUUGUGCUGAAGGUGGACGCAAAAUUGAGGCGUAUCAAUUUGGGUUUGAAGCCCUCGUACUUUGAUGACGAUGGCGACGAGGACAGCAUGGACCUCGAUGGUGAGGACAACGGUGCAGCUCUGGACAGCGGGGACGACAGCGAUGUCGAUUCGCACAUGAGCGAUGCCGGAGGCGCUGUUCUCAUCACUGGCACCGACAACAUGCAGGGUGAUUCUGACGGCGAGGAUGACGACGACGACGCCGACAACGACGUUGCCAUGGGCGAUACCCCUGCAGAUGGUCUGGCAGGUCUGGACGCGGGCGGGUUUGACUGGUCUGCAAGCGCCGUGGACGCGGAUGCCGACACGAAAGGUGCCAAUGCCAUCAUCGACGCACCAGCCAAGAAGACAAAGAAACGGCGGGAGCCCGAAAUCCAGGUCGACAAGACAGCCGAACUCGACACCCACGGGCCACAGACCUCCAGUGAUUACGAGCGUCUUCUACUCGGUCAGCCUGAUUCUUCGCAAUUGUGGAUUGCCUACAUGGCCUUCCAGAUGCAAGUCAGCGAGCUUGCGAGUGCACGCCAAGUUGCCGAGCGCGCAAUCAAGACGAUCAGCAUGAAAGAGGAGACGGAAAAGCUAAACGUCUGGAUUGCCUGCCUUAAUCUCGAGGUUGCAUACGGGACAAGUGAGACAGUUGACGACGUCUUCCAGCGGGCGUGCACAUACAAUGACGAACAGGAGGUCUACGAGCGACUUGCAAGCAUCUACAUCCAGUCUGGCAAGCAAAGGAAAGCUGAAGAUCUAUUCGAAAAGAUGCUCAAAAAGUUUGGCUCCAAGUCGCCCGAUGUCUGGAUCAACUAUGCUCACUUCCUGCACACGACGGCGAACUCGCCAGACCGCGCGCGGGCUCUCCUUAAACGCGCCACCCAGUCUCUCGGCACCCAGACCCAUAUGUAUCUCGCUCUCAUGCCCAAGUUUGCGGCGCUCGAAUUCCGGUCGCCCAACGGCGACCUGGACCAAGGCCGCUCUCUUUUCGAGAGUCUGCUGGCCAACUACCCAAAGAAGUUUGACCUGUGGAACCAGCUGCUGGACCUCGAGACAUCAGUUGGUACCGCCGAUCCCGCCGUCGUCAGGGAUCUGUUUGAGCGCGGCAGCAAAGUCAAGAGCCUCAAGCCCAAGCAGGCCAAGGUGUGGUUCCGUCGCUGGGCCGCGUUCGAGGAGGAGAAGGGUGACGCCAAGAGCCGCGAGCGUGUGUCUGUCAAAGCUCAGGAUUGGGCACGCGCUGCGGGAGAGAAGAAGCGGACGGCCGCAGCACCGGCUGAUAAUGCGUCUGACGAUGAUGAGUAG